AAUUUUCAGCACAUUCGGUACAUAGAAGUAGAGCACCACGGUUCACACAGUCGACCUGCAUCACAAAUCCUACUCCGCCACUCUCAUCGCCGCCGCCAAGGCGCCAACAAGCCGCGCCACAAGAACCACCACGCCCCGAUGGAGAACGGCGCCGGCAAUGGGGUGGCCGUGGCUGCAGCGGCGGCCUGGAACUUCGCGCCGAACGAGGCCCUCCUGGGCCUGACGGCGCUCUCGGUGCGCGGCGUGCUGGGCAGGGUGAAGGCCGGGAUGGUGGCCGACGGCGGCGGGGCCCGGCCGGUGGUCCCGAUGGGUCACGGCGACCCGUCGGCGUUCCCGUGCUUCCGCACCGCGCAGGAGGCCGUGGACGCCGUCGCCGGCGCGCUCCGGUCAGGGGAGCACAACUCCUACCCCACCAGCGUCGGCCUUGAGCCCGCACGGAGGUCCAUCGCGAAGUACUUAUCCCGUGAUCUGCCAUAUGAAUUAUCACCAGAUGACAUCUACCUCACAAGCGGCUGUACUCAAGCAAUUGAGAUAAUCUGCUCUGUUUUAGCUCGUCCUGGUGCCAACAUCUUGCUUCCAAGGCCUGGCUACCUGUUCUAUGAGGCGCGUGCUGCUUUCAACGGCAUGGAAGCUCGGUAUUUUGAUCUUCUACCUCAGAAGGAUUGGGAGGUUGAUAUUGAUUGCGUCCAAGCUCUUGCCGACAAGAACACCAUUGCCAUGGUCAUUGUCAACCCAGGAAACCCUUGUGGCAAUGUCUACUCCUAUGAGCACCUAGCCGAGGUUGCCGAGACCGCGCAGAAGCUUGGCAUAUUUGUAAUCACAGAUGAGGUGUAUGCACACUUGACAUUUGGGGAGAGGAAAUUUGUGCCCAUGGGUGUGUUUGGGACAGUGGUUCCUGUGUUCACACUAGGAUCGAUAUCAAAGAGAUGGGUGGUGCCUGGAUGGCGUCUUGGAUGGAUUGUUACCAAUGAUCCUAAUGGUGUAUUUCAGAGGACUAAGGUAGUUGACUGUAUCAAAAGCUACCUUGAUAUCUCCUCUGAUCCUCCAACAUUUGUCCAGGGAGCAAUUCCAAAACUCCUGGAGAACACAAAGGACGAAUUCUUCAGCAAAACUGUCGAAAUUCUUAGAGAAACUGCAGAUAUAUGCUGGGAGAAACUGAAGGACAUCAAUUCCAUCACAUGCCCGAGCAAACCUGAGGGAUCCAUGUUUGUAAUGGUCUGUGAGUCAUUACAUAUACUGUUCCAUGAUGCAAGACACCAUGAGGGAUUUGCUAAUGGGGUGCGAAAUUUCCGUGACUUGCUACAGGUGAAACUGGACCUAUCCUGCCUGCAAGACAUCAAAGAUGACAUGGACUUCUGCUGCCGGCUGGCAAAGGAAGAAUUAGUGGUUCUUCUGCCAGGUUGUGCUGUGGGAUACAAGAAUUGGCUCCGAAUCACCUUUGCCAUUGAUCCAUCUUCUCUAGAAGAUGGCCUUGACAGGCUCAAAUCCUUCUGCUUGCGACACAGCAAGCCGGCAAUAUGAUAUGAUAAGCUCAUCGGUUCCUUGCAACACAAGACAAAUUGUUAUCAAAUUCGAGUGAUUUAUUAUGAUACGCCAUCAUCUUCACUCGGAGAUGAUAUCUUUGAUGCGCUAGGUCCUUGGUAAGCAAUGGGUUCUGCUUUUAUCUAGUCAUCAUUGAGUGCCAUUACAACAGUUUGUCGCACUCAGUGCCUGUAGGUGAAACACAAAUUUUAGGAAUCUGAAGUGUACAACGAAUAAAGAAUGGACUAUAUGAGAAUUGUCAUCUGAUUAUAGCAUUUAACUCUGUUCUCAUUCACGCAA